AUGGUCGUCCACGCCCGCGCCGGCGGCACCAUCGAGAUCAUGGGCCUCAUGCAGGGCAGCAACGGAAAACCAGUUGCUGCAAUAACCAUAUACAAAUGUCUUCUUCAUUGGAGAACUUUCGAGGCAGAAAAAACUAAUAUUUUUGACCGUCUUAUUCAGAUAUUUAAUUCAGCCAUGCAGAAACAAGACAGCAAUGCCAAUCUUGCAUACUGGCUAUCAAAUGCAUCAUCAUUGUUGAUUAUACUACAAAAGAGUCUGAAACCUGCUGGCUCAGGUGUAAUAACACCACUGAAAAGAACGACGACUCAGACGUCUUUCCUUGGGAGGAUGGUAUUCCGUGCUUCAAGCAUUACCGUUGAUAUGGAUCUUGUGCGCCAAGUUGAGGGAAAGUAUCCUGCAUUCCUUUUCAAGCAACAGCUUACAGCCUUUGUGGAAGGUUUAUAUGGAAUGAUCCAUGACAAUGUGAAGAGCGAAGUAUCUUCAGUACUCUCACAUGUUAUUCAGGUUCCAACAAUUUUUUCUCGGAAGAUAUUUACACAGAUUUUUGCAUUCAUCAAUGCUCAACUCUUCAAUAGUCUUCUUGUACGGCGAGAGUGUUGUUCUUUCAGCAAUGGAGAAUAUUUGAAACAAGGGCUGGAAAUACACCAGUACUGCCUAACCGUGAAAUACAAACAGUAUGCAGGAUCUGCAUGGGAUGAACUUAAGCACAUAAGCCAGGCUGUUGGUUUCCUGGUCAUUUUCAAAAAGUUCAGGGUAUCAUAUGAUGAAAUAAUGAGUGAUCUGUGCCCAGUGUUGAGUGUCCACCAACUUUAUAGGAUAUGCACGCAGUACUGGGAUGACAAAUAUAAUACUGAAAGUGUAUCCGAAGAGUUUGACAUUAGCAGUAUGAAGAACUCUGUAUAA